ACUGUCCAUUCCCGUAGCAACACAAGAUGCUAACCUAUUAAAUUAAUAAGAAAAGAGAUACCAACAGCUAGUGCUCUACUUCUGCUAAUUCCUUGGUGUACACAGAGGAAUCAUUAUGUGGAGCUUUAAGUACUGAGAUUUCAAGCAUUGUCUGCCUGGGUUCCUGACAGCUCAUAUUGAAAGGAAGAAGAGACAUGGACCAAAACCAGAGCAGCUGCUUGGAGAGAAAGAUUGUUCUUCAUAGAGAAAGAAGGAACUACAGGAGAUAAAAGAAGUUUGGACAAGUCAUUUUUUGAUUGAUAAAAAAAAAGAAACAAACAAAAAAAGAAAAGAAAAAAAGAAAAAGAAUCACCCACACCAAAAAAAAACACACAAAAAAAAACCUGGAACGUCGUAAUUAGAUAAUUGCAAAUGUGCUCAAAUCGCACAAAAAUAACCUGUAUUAUAGCUUCUGGCAGCUUUAUCCCAGAGACCUCUGCAGUUUUUAUAGCAAAAAGCAUUCACAGAGAAGACAAGACCCAAACAAGCCCUGCUACAUACAUCCAGAGGGGCUGUUGACGGAACAUUGCAUUCUUCAUGGAAACUGCACUUAUGAAAAAGAUAUUGAGCAAACAUCAUAAAACUCUGUCAAGUGUUGGAAAAGCCCCUGCUAAUACCUCCACCAUCUCAACCUCAAAACAGGCAGCAACAUCCAGUGGGUCAGAUCUUCCCACACUUUUGCCGCAAGCCACAGGGGUAAAUUCCAUGGUUAAAACAAACUCUGGGAAAAAGAGGCCAAGGACUGUAACAAUAUCAAAACGGUCAAACACAGGAAGCAUGUCUAAUGAUCAAUGGGAUCGGCCAGUCAUUCCAUCAAGAAGACCUGGAUUCAGGGUGUGCUAUAUCUGUGGCAGAGAAUUUGGAUCACAAUCUCUUCCGAUCCAUGAGCCCAAAUGUCUGGAGAAGUGGCGCAUUGAAAACGACAAGUUACCAAAGUUUCAGAGAAGACCAGAGCCCAUUAAACCUCAGGUCCUUCCUGGAGGAGCUCAUGAUAUCAAUGCUGAAAAUGCAGCAGCUGCUGAAAGCUACCAAGUUCAGCUCCUGCGCUGUGAAAAUUGUGGUCGCACUUUCCUCCCAGACCGUCUUCUUGUACACCAAAGAAGUUGUAAGCCAAAGACCAGUCCAGGGCCUUCAAACUACAACCCUCCUAAAUCCUAUAGAUCUUCAGGUCCUGGACCAUCAUCAGCUGUAACAGACAAGCCUGCAGUGAUAAGGCGCCCCCCAGCCGUUAUUUGUUACCUUUGUGGGCGUGAAUAUGGAACCCAUUCUAUAAGCAUCCAUGAACCGCAGUGUCUGAAAAAAUGGCAUAUUGAGAACGAUCAACUGCCAAAACAUUUACGAAGACCUGAACCCAAGAAGCCGGAGAUCAGAUCUAUAGGAACCAAAGGUUACUAUGAUCUUGAUGCUAUAAAUGAGUCUGCCUGGAACAGCGCCCAGAGCCAGUUAGUUCCAUGUGAUAUUUGUGGCCGUACCUUCCUGCCAGACAGACUGAUCGUCCACCAACGGUCAUGUAAACUGAAGAUACCAAAAUGAAAUGCUCAUCCUUUCCUGUGAAAGUUUUAAAGAACAAAAACCCACUCCAACAUAUAGGAUAGAUGUUUCAGCAAUGAGCAGUCAAAGUACAGAGAAUCAAGUUCUAAAUAUGCCUUGUAUAAAAUGGAUAUAUUGAUUAUGUAGAUGAAAUUCAGAAAAUGUCGCUUCUGACAGUGUUUUGAAGCAUGGUAUUGACACAUGAGCCAUAAAGAUGAAGUGAACUCAAGCUUCUUUACUGAAUGGUAGCCUUCAGAAUAAACUAUGGCCCUAAAACUGCAUAGUGAAUGCCAUUUUUCAUAACACCACCCUCCGUCAUGAAGUGAUGGUGCUUUUUCAACCCCAAUGCUAGCAAAUCAUGUGUAAGUCAUCUUAUUUCAUCCACUUAUUUUCACUGAUGAAGUUUCUGUUAAAAGGUUCUGUCUGUAAGGGGGGGAAACGUAAUAAAAGCUCCAGUAACCCUCAAAAGUAGAUGUUUUGUGUGUUUGGAGGACUAAAUCUCAGAUCUUAUGUUACAGACCUUGAAUGUGAAAUGGUUUUACAGAUGCCCAUUCUAGUCAACAACUUUGUCUGUAGAAUCUGAAGGAGUUGGACAUUAGUCAACAUUUCCCCAAAACUCUCUUUUCCAAUUUGAGAAUAGGUCCAACUGCUUACAGUCCACAAGGGCAGCUCCAGAGA